GUUGUUGAAACGAAGAGAGGGACGCCUUCGCUCUCAGCCGGAAUAUUGUUUAUAUUUUGUAUUUACAUUUUCCUAUGAGUGCAUAUGAACAAGGGGAACAGCUUUACUUGGAUAGUUGCACUUUAAAGAAUUCCGUUGGAUUUCCUCGGACUUCUGGAUUUUGUAUAUUACAGUCAUGAGUGCAGUUGAAGCUGAACACUUUUCUCUUAGGUGGAAUAAUUUUCAUAGCAAUUUAGCUACUGGUUUCCAUGCUCUGUUAGAAGAAGUUGACCUCGUUGAUGUUACUAUAGCUGCUGAGGGACAGUUUGUGCAGGCUCAUAAGAUAGUGCUGUCUGUUUCCAGCCCAUAUUUCAAAGAGCUAUUUAAGGUCAAUCCAUGCAAACACCCAAUAGUAAUACUCAAAGAUGUUUGCCACAAGGAAUUAGUGGCAAUACUACAGUUCAUGUACCAAGGAGAGGUGAAUGUGAGGCAAGAAGAACUGGGAGCUUUCUUGAAAACUGCGGAAUUACUGCAGAUCAAGGGACUCACUGGGAAUGAACCACCUUCAGAAGAUGUACCACCAACGCCCAGGAUGCGCAUGAAACCUGAUCCUCCCAUCAGCUCAGAAGAAAAUGCACCUCGUGCCUACAAACGUCAGCGUACUGAAAUGCCUGUGCAGAGUGCUAUGAGGACACCACCGAACACAUCAUCUCGUGUCAUGUCACCAGCACCACAUCCGGCUCCGCCUCCAGUGACAACUCAGCCUCCAACACCAGCCCAGCCACCGGCGCCAGUACAAGCUCCAGUACCGCCUCCAGCUUCAGCCGCAGCUCCCAAUCCAGUUAGUGUUCCAAAAGUAGCACCACCGAGUCCCGAAACCAUUGCAGAAGAGUCACUUCCAUUUGAUAUGCGCGAUGAACACAGACCGAAGGAAGAACCGGCUGAUUAUGAAUCAGACAUUGAAGAAAUUGAGUGCAAAGUGGUACAGAGUAGCAGCUCUCUGAACCAAUUACUGCAUGGAGAGAGCAGUAUGCUGAGUCAGGGUUCUCCACAGAAUUCAUCAAAUUUAUUUGCGUCACUAACUGGGAUUUCACAAGAUUCUGGCAGUUCUCAGGAUGGUGCUCAAGGAGACCGCAGUGAGGAUGCAGCAUGUUCAGUAUGUGGUAAAGUGGUGCGCAAGACGAGCCUACGGAGACACAUCUUCGAUCGGCACAUGCCUAAUCAGCAGGUUCCUUGCCAAAUUUGUGGCAAAUUUUUCAAAACACAAAACAGUCUCUCCACUCAUAUGAAUUACAUUCACAAAAAUAAAAAGCAGCAAGAGUCACCCACAUUCUUUGACAUGAAUUGACUUUCCAUGUCUUUUAUGUGGAACAUAAAUUUAGUGCUCAACGGUAAUAAAACAGGAACUUCCAUCUGCGUCUUGUAUAUACGGGCAUUGUGUUUAGUCCAUGUCAAGUAGUACUGUGCCAAAGCUUGACAGAAGGUAAGUUAGGUCAAGGUUAUGAAUCAUGUAAGAGUACGCACUUUAGAUUGUUCUGUGUUGACUCCACAUGAAGGAAGACAGUCUUUGGCCAGGCAUUAUGCCUUUGUGUAAUGACAGAAAAGGUGUUUGUUAUCUAUUAUUACUUGAUCUUUUUUCUUAUUCAAGUGGUAAACAGUUUGUAAGGAUGCAUAAUCUGCAAUUUGCUCUCUUACAUCAACUGUGAAAACCACAUGGUAUUGCUCCAUUAUCAAUGAGAUGUCUGCUGUUUGUCUAUUGUGUCAUUGCCUCUGGCAACACAUUUCUCGAAGAGGCAAUUUUCAAGCAAGUGUACUCACUAAUACAGCACCAGAGUCUUGUGUUUAUGAAUAUCUUCCAAACAUUUUGCGUAUUUCAUUUAACACUA